CAGAGAUGUCAGCCUCGGCUCUCUCCUCCCUGCUGACGGCAACGGUGCUGCUGACGCUGGUUCUCCCGGGCGUCAGGAGCAUGUCCGUGGCUGACGUCGGAGCCGAUGGCGAGGAACUGGGGAGGAAUAGCAAGUUUAUUUUCACCCUUGUGAAGUUUCCGAACGUGAAGUGUGGCUCUGGCCUCGACGCCGGAACCUGCGUCACGGGCGCCGAAUGCACGGCCAGAGGGGGCAGCGUCGUCGGCUCCUGCGCCAAGGGAUACGGAGUCUGCUGUAAAAUAACUCUGACGGGCUGCGGCGGCACGGUCACCCGGAACAACACGCUGGUUCUCUCCACGGACUACCCGAGCUACUACAACGAGGCCAAGACGUGCGAGUACAAGGUGCAGUUCGACGACGCCCCCGGCCACGUCUGCCAAAUUCGCUACCAGCACAUCAGCAACGAACUCGUGGCGCCGAGUAGUGUUGGUGUCUGUGAAAAUGACAAGCUUGUGUUUAAGGAGGACACGAAAUCCACGUAUUUCUGCGGAAAAGCUCCAGACAACUACCAAUGGAACGUGGCGACGUCGGGCACGAGCAGCCCCCACACCUUCACCAUCACGACUGACUCCUCGAGCUCCAACCGCCGCUACGCCAUCCUGGUCACGUGGAUUCCCUGCUCGGUGAGAGUUCCUGGCACGUGUGGCAUGUACUUCGAGGGCAUUACUGGCAGCAUUACGUCGUACAAUUUCAACAAUGGCUAUUAUUUAGCGGGUCUCAACUACGGCAUAUGCUUUAGAAAGGAACAAGGGAGGUGUACUUACACACUUAGGAAAACGUCUGAAUGCAGGCAUGCCAAAGACACAUCACUGGUAUGA